UUGAGUAAUGAUGAGGAUGGUGGCAAGGCUCGUAGCGAAAUCAAGACAAAAUUAGCUGAUGUGAAAGACAGCGCAGAGAAAGUGAAACUGAUGGAAAAAGAAAUGCAAAAUCAAGAGAUUUUAUUGGAAGGUUACCAUCAGGAAAACAAGAGACUCUACAAAGAAAUACAAGAAUUCAAAACUGAAAAUAAAGAGGAAGAAUCCAAAUGGAAAUCAGAAAACCAGAAAUUCAAAACUGAAAUAAGCAAUCUCAGGGAACAAAUUGAAGAAAAGGAGAGACAGUUAAAGAAUAAAGGCAUCAUCACUGGUGUACAGAAAGAGAUAGCUGCAGGUACCGGUACAGCAGUCAUGGGGGCUGGUAAAAUAGCACACCUACAAGCUGAAGUACAAGAAGCACAGGUGACAGAAAUUGAACUCAAGCAGAGGAUGAAGGCACUGGAAGGUUCCAAGUCUGAGUUGGAGAGAUAUAUCGAUGUUUUAGUGAAAGAAAAGAAAGAUGCAGAGCAGAGAUUAGUGUCAGCAAUGGAAAGAAAAGACACUGAAAUUCAAGCAGUGCAAAAUCAACAUGAAAAAGACACUGAAGCACUGCAUAAAAAACUGAAAUGGUACGCAGAGAACCAGGAUUUGUUGGACAAAGACGCACAGGCCCUGAAAGAUAAAGAUGAUGAUAUCAAACGAUUGAAAGAACAGAUUGAAGAAAUUCAACAACAGAAAGAGGAAAAAAAGAAACUGAAUGAAAAUCAGAGAAGAGCCAAGGAAAGAGCAGCGGAUGCAAAAAAAAUACAAGAUUUGGAAAGACAGGUUAAAGAGAUGGAGAAUAUUUUAAGACGUAGAAAUCCCAACUCCUUACCAGCGAUGAUCUUUGCGGCUGCUACAGCACCCUCAGAUGUUACGCAUACAACCAGUAAGACAAAAGCCACAGUUUUCCUUGAAGAAAGAAUCCAAAAGUUAGAAAAAGAAGCUGAUGAGAGGGAGCAAGAAGCCAAGAGAAGUCUGAGAACCAUGGAACAAAAAUAUAAUGCCAUGAAGUUGAAGUAUGAAGAACGCAUCAGUUCACUGGAGAAAGAACUGAAUAGUUUCAAAAGACCAGAUCACAGUUCAGAGCAUCCACACUCACACAUGGUUGCGGUUGAGAAAGAACUGAAGAGUGUUAGAGAAAGGUAUCAAAGGGAAGUGGACGACCUGAAAGAAAAACUAGAUUUCUUACAGAGGAAUAGCAAGACGAAGAUUACAGGUGACAGUCAACCACAGGAGAAGAUCAUAGAAUCCUUACAAGAUGAUGUCAGAAUUAGAGACGAAGAGUUAUUAAAACUGAGAUUAAAAUGUCAACAGUUAGAAGUGGAUUAUAUGAAUGCAGGCAUAUCCAACUUAGGAGAAACAAAGCACUAUACACCUAGAAACUUUGCUGGGAAACAUAUAUCAGAUGUAAUGGAUGAGAAUGCAAGGCUUAGACAGCAGGUUGAAAGGACGUCAUUUGAAAUUGAUCAGCAAAGAGUCCAUGUACAAAAGUCGAUAGCGGAGGCAGAAAGUGCAGUUAGAAAAUCCAAAGAAGAAGCAGAAGAUAAGAUAUCUCUGAUAAGGUUAAACCAUGAAGCUGAACUGCAAAGAAUUAUAUUGGAGCAUUCUUCAAAGCUGGGCGAUAGUAAUGUAUCACGACUUACAUGUCAGCUUAAUGCACAAGAGGUUAUGAUAACUCAUCUUAAGGAACAACUCAGUCAUUAUAAACAGGAAGCAGAAAGGUUGAAAGCUGCCGAGAUCCGAGAGAGAGCAUUACAACAGAACAUUUAUUUGUUAUCAGAUGAGUUAAAAGAAGCAAAGAAACAUCACACGCCUGCCAUGAAGCAUUUUGAAGCCCUGCAAUCCAAGAUUGAAGGUCUUGAAAACAGACAUGUAGUGCGAGAGCAAGAACUGAAGGGGAUUGUUGAAAAAGCAAGCUUAGCAGCAACAGCACAGAAAGAGGAAGAGUUACAGUAUUUUAAACAACAGCUUCGAGACAAGAACCUUGAAUUACAGAAAUUCCGAACUGAGCUAGACACUCUACUGCAAGUGAUGGAAGAACUACAGCAACAAGGUGUCGUUAUACAUAGUCAUCCACAGAAAUCAUUGACACAUUAUUAAACUCAGCCCCCCCCUCCUACCUUCAACAAUAAAUUGUAUCACCCAUCCAUGGAAAAGCCAAUAAGAACUAUUGCUCAGAAAAACCAACCU